GCUCAGCCUCACCUAAUGGACCUAAAUCCCUGCAGGAGAAGAUCCGAAGAGCAGGCAAACAUCCCUCCGUGGAUUCCAAAGCCAGCCCCAGCUAGUGCCUCAGUUUCCCCAAAGAAACGGCCAAAAUGAAGAUGCUGAUACUGAACUCGAAACGCCUGCAGAUCGGGGCCCUGACUGGGCUGCUCCUCCUCCUCGCGGCUCUCGUUGGCCUUUUCUUUGGGCUCCGCUCUAAGCCAUCCUUUGCUCCCCAAGAAGAUGGCUACAUCUACAAGAGUGCCGCCGUGGCUGCAGACGCAGGGCCCUGCUCUGUCGUGGGCAGCGAUAUCCUUCAAAAGGGCGGCUCGGCUGUGGACUCUGCCAUUGCAGCUCUCCUCUGCGCGGGCCUGAUGAACCCCCACAGCACGGGCAUCGGAGGGGGGCUCGUCUUCCUCAUUCGUACAGCGGACGGGAAAGUGGAAGUCAUCAAUGCCAGGGAGACGGCGCCAAGAAAUGCGUUCCGGGAUAUGUUUGGCAAUGACACACAGCUGUCCAAGAAAGGAGGGUUGUCCAUUGCAAUUCCGGGAGAGAUCCGUGGCUACGAAAUGGCUCACAAACGGCACGGCAAGCUGGCGUGGAAGGAACUGUUUCUGCCCAGCAUCGAACUGGCACGGAAGGGUUUCCCGGUUGGGAAAGGCCUGGCAGGAGCCCUGGCGUUUAGAAAGGAAGCGAUUGAGAGCAACCCGUCCAUGUGUGCGGUCUUCUGCAGAGAAGGGAAAGUUCUCCAGGAGAAUGAGAUUCUCACCCUCCCCAAACUGGCCCGCACCUACGAGAUCUUAGCCGAGGAGGGUCCGGAUGCAUUUUAUACCGGGAGCUUAGCUCAGCAAAUUAUAGCCGACAUCACAGCAGCAGGAGGGAACAUCACCCUGGACGACUUGAGAGACUACACGCCGAUUCUAGAUGAAAAUCCUUUAAAGGUCCACAUAGGAGAGCUCACCAUGUUUGCACCCAAUGCGCCCUUUAGUGGUGCUGUGCUGGCCCUGGCGCUCAACAUCUUGAAAGAAUUUAAUUUCUCCAGGAGCAACGUGGAAACUCUGGAGAAAAAGGUCUUGACAUACCACCGCAUUGUUGAGGCCUUCCGCUUUGCUUAUGCCAAGAGGACAUUACUGGGGGACCCUGCGUUUGUCAACAUUGCCGGGGUCAUCGAAAACAUAACCUCGGAGCACUAUUCGGAGAAGCUGUGGGCCAAAAUCACCAAUGAGACCCAUGAAGUCAGCUACUACGAGCCAGAAUAUUACUCCCCAGAUGACUCUGGGACAUCCCACCUUUCUGUGGUGUCUCCAGACGGGACCGCUGUGGCUGCCACCGGCACCAUCAACCAAUACUUUGGCUCAGAAGUCCUUUCUCCGGUGAGUGGCAUCCUAUUCAAUGACGAGAUGGAUGACUUCAGCUCCCCGCACAUCGUCAACGGCUUUGGGGUCCGCCCGUCUGUGGCAAACUUCAUCGCCCCAGGGAAGCGUCCUUUGUCUUCCAUGUGUCCGUCUAUCCUAGUGGAUAAGGAGAACAAGGUCCGGAUGAUGGUUGGUGCUUCUGGAGGAACAAAGAUCACCACAGCAAUAGCUAUGACCAUUCUCCGCUCCCUCUGGUUUGGCUACAACAUUAAGGAGGCGGUGGAGGAGCCUCGCAUCCAUAACCAGCUCUUCCCUCCCAUCACCGUCCUGGAGGAUGAGGUGGAGCAGGAAAUAGAAGAUGGAUUGAAGAAGAGAGGACACGAGAUUCAGAGGACUAGCAGGGGAGCUGUGGUCCAGGCCAUCCUGCGGACAGAAGAAGGCUGGUCGGCUGCCUCAGACCCUCGGAAGGGGGGAGUCCCUGCAGGAUACUAAACUGGCUCCAAGCUUGGACGGAUCACAGACAUAAUUGCAGAUUGAUCAGUUUCUUCUGGUGACCCACUGAAACAAGUCCACCUGCACUGGGCUUUGGUGGAUCACACAUCAGGAGAAAAUCCCAUGCCUCUGAGAUCUUUCAGAACCAGGAAGUAACCUCCAACCAUUGAUCCAUACUGCCCCAGUCACCAUGGUAUUAGAGGAAAUUCAUAUAUUGGUUAUGACAAAUGGAGAAAGCCGCCACGAAAGGGCCUGCUUGCAUGAGGAUGUUUUGAGAAUUGCCCUGGUCUGAAAUGGUUCACUUGAGGAAAGAUCUAUGAGAGGCAGCGAGGGAUAUCUCCUUCCUCAUUCUCACCUCCACGAUGAAACUCUUUCCUGGCCUGUCAGAUAUCGUCACCAAAUAAAUAGGAUGGAUUUGAGGGCCUUCACGAUUAACUUAGGAGCAAAAGGGGGAGGGAGAAUUGUGAUGAGAACAGUCACCUCAGCUGCAACAUCUCACAUCUUACAAGAAACAGCAUUGAAACUGGUCUGCCCGAGUUGACUGAACGGUCGUUGGACUGUGGUGGAUUUUGAUGCGUUCAGAAACUGAAAGGCAUUAACAGAAGUGGAGAGAAUCUUCAGCUGCUGGUCCAGGAAGUAAGCACUCUGCCAAACAGUAGGUUUUUUAAAAAAUAAAUAAAUGAAUUAGGGUAAUUAAAGCAUUUAUAACUGCUUCUCAGGUAUUAAAAUAAUCUUAGUCGACUUCAUUUAGUAAAAUGUUGUUCUGUUCUUAGUGUUGGACGGUUACAGCUUUCGGACCAAAAUGCCUUUAUAUGUGGAUUUCCCCCCAGUGGGAAUAUCUGGGGAUGUUGACAAUGCCAAAGGGUCAGAUCCUGCCCCCUUGCAAAGUCAUCUGGAGGAGGAUGACAAGCUGUCUUUGGCCAAACUUCUAACAAUAAAAAUGAAUAUUUUACUUGGAAUUUUCUUUUCUUUUUUUAGUCCCAAGCGUCUGCGCUCCUUCUACUGUUCUAUAAAAAAAUAAGACUGCAGAAACAGCAGCAACUGUUUCAUUUGGGAAAACUUAAAGAGGCCCAUCAAAGCAAGAGCAUUGUGAAGAAGGUUUUUGUUUUUAGUGGGACUGGGGCUGUCAACUAGAGAGCUGGAACACUGUGGGCAACUCAGCUGAAAACCAUUUUUUUUACUUUAAUAAUGAAGAAGGUUUGUGUAAAUGUGGCAAAAGCUUUUAAGGUUUAACACCUGAAGAAAGAAUGGCCUCACUACACCUGGGGUGGCUCACAGUUAAUGGUGGCCUCCCCCCAAAAAAUGUUUUUGUACAUAUUUUGCUGCAUCGGAAGGUGUAUGUAUCAAAGACAGAAGAAAUGGCCUGUGAUGCCCCCCAAAAAGUUUGAGAAACACCCCUCUCUCCAUCCUUGUCAGGGACCAUGCAGCCCUGAGGAGGAAUGGUGGGAGCCUCCCCCUCCCCCUGCUCCUAAUCAGGAUCUUGAAUCUUCCCAGGAGCAGUGGGACAGUAUAGAUUUGGAGCAGUGGUUUGCCGAGGGACAUAGUUCAGAAGGCAGAAGUUGGGAAGAACUGGGGGGUGAACAGUUAGGAGAGGAAACACUGGGAGAGAGAGAGUUAGCAGACUCAAUGUUGCUGGAAAGUGUCCAUCCGAUCAGCCCAAGGUCAAGGAGGGUAGAUAAGGUGGCCGCACAUAAGGCACAGUGGUUGCGAGAUCAAGUUGCAGGGCGUAGAAGUGAUGUGGAUGACCGGGAGUGGGUGGAAACCUUAAUUGGGAGCACCUUCAUUCCAUUGUACUCUCGCUGUGUUCAU